AUGCCAGCUUUACCUACUGAACUGGAGCAGAUGAUUUUUGUUACAGCAGCUUUGGACUAUCCUCUCAGUGCCCCGAAACUAGCCCUAGUCGCGCGGCGGACCCAGCUUUGGGUGGAGCCCCUCGUAUAUGAAGCUAUCAUUGUCCAACACCCCUCCAACACGUCGAGGAAAGCGACUGUGGAUGGCUUUCUCUACGCCAUCUCGCGCAAGCCAGCCGACUUCUUUGCUCGACACGUCAAAAUCCUUAUUCUGUCCUACCUCAAGCAAUCACAAAUCACUCGCAUCUUGUCUGUGUGCACGGGCGUCGUCAGCCUAGGGUGCUGGACUGGGUGUAACGCGCAACUCGGACGUUUCAUCGCUCGCAGUCCCCUUCGGCCGCGUCGUCUGUCGACCUGCCUCGAGAAUACGAUGGCUAUGAACGAAGAUCCCGACUUCGGCAGCCCCUUUUACAGGAACGUCACGCAUCUCGAGCUCGACGACUCGUGGUCUCGGUGGAUGACAUGGGCCCCUGCCUUCGCCCUCCUCCCUCGCCUCACCCACCUCGCGCUCUCCUUCACAUUCCCAGUCCAGAUCGGCAACAUGCUCCUCGACGCCUUGCGCCAGAUACUGGGAGGGUGCAAGACGCUCGAGCUGUGCGUCCUGUUCCUCGCGGCAGGCUCGGGGCAAAAGUGGUAUCAGUCUUCCAACUCGUUAUUUGUGGAGAAAGUGAUCAGAGACCCCCGGGUGGUGAUGAUGCCCUGGAGUCUUUCGCAUGUGAGAUGGGCUUCCGAGUGUUGGGGCUCCUGGUCUAUGUGGUCUUGUGCUGGAGCUAUUGCGUUGAGACAGCGAGAGUUGUACGCUCGCGGUGAAUAUGUACAGCUCAGUGCAUUUUGA